AUGGAAAGCACGUGGAAAGACAUUGUCGCCUCGUAUCCUCCGCAGGCAAUCGAAUUUGCGGGCACAGUUCUGAUUCAAGUCAUCUCCUUUUGGCUUCCAUCUCUCUGCUACCUCUCCUUAGACGCCUUGUUCCCGUCCUUCUCGCAACGGCACAAAUUGCAGCCAGCACCCAGACAGCCUAGCCGACGUGAUAUCUGGCAAUGCUUCGUGGUAGUCGCGCAGAACUCAGUGUUGUCCAUGGGCCUGCAUCUCUUCCAAAUUUUUGUUCUCAAACGGGGGACUUCAGCGUUUCGAAUCCAAGCCUCGUUGCCACCCCUGGCCGAAUUCCUUCGUGACUUCAUCCUGAGUAUACUUCUGAGAGAGGCGCUCUUCUAUUACAGUCACCGUUUUCUUCACAGUCCGUUCUUCUACGCCAGAAUCCAUAAGCGGCAUCAUAAAUUCACAGCACCCAUCGCACUGGCAGCGCAGUACGCCCAUCCCAUCGAACACAUUGUGGCCAAUACGCUUCCGAUCACUCUGCCACCGCAAAUUCUGGGGAGUCAUAUCCUUACCUUCUGGGCCUUCCUGGCUUACGAGCUCGCCAACACCGCGACAGUACAUAGUGGGUACGAUUUCUUCAAAAACAAGGCGAAAAUGCACGACCUGCAUCAUGAAAAGUUCAACUUGAACUAUGGGUCUAUCGGCCUUUUAGAUUGGCUGCAUGGGACUGAUAGGCUUGAAAAGAAACGGAAGGAAUAG